CCCAUGUAGAACCCAAGGACGCAGCCGCCCUGCUGAAAGCACGGCGGCCCAUCAUCGGAAAUCGUGACCUCGAGACGGUGGCCCUCAGCCCUCCACCUCCGGCUGGGGCGGGAGGCGCCCAUCUCCAAGUCCCCAGCCAUGACGACCUCAGCGCUGCGGCGCCAGGUGAAAAACAUCGUACACAACUACUCCGAGGCGGAGAUCAAGGUGCGAGAGGCAACCAGCAAUGACCCCUGGGGCCCGCCCAGCUCGCUCAUGUCGGAAAUUGCCGACCUGACCUUCAACACGGUGGCCUUUGCUGAGGUCAUGGGCAUGCUGUGGCGGCGGCUUAAUGACAGCGGCAAGAACUGGAGGCAUGUGUACAAGGCGCUAACGCUGCUGGACUACCUGCUCAAGACAGGCUCGGAGCGAGUGGCCCACCAGUGCCGCGAGAACGUCUUCACCAUCCAGACACUCAAGGACUUCCAGUACAUCGACCGCGAUGGCAAAGACCAGGGAGUCAACGUGCGUGAGAAGGUCAGGCAAGUGAUGGCUCUGCUCACGGAUGAGGAGCGCCUGCGGCAGGAGCGGACCAACGCCCUGAAGACCAAGGAGCGUAUGGCACUGGAAGGCAUGGCCAUAGGCAGCGGACAGCUGGGCUUCAGCCGCCGCCAUGGCGAGGACUACAGCCGCUCCAAGGGUUCCCCAUCCUCCUACAACUCUUCCUCCUCAUCCCCUCGUUACACCUCAGACCUGGAGCAGGCCCGGCCCCAGACGUCAGGAGAAGAGGAGCUGCAGCUGCAGCUGGCCCUGGCCAUGAGCCGAGAGGAGGCUGAGAAGCCAGUCCCCCCAGCCUCCCACAGGGAUGAGGACCUGCAGCUGCAGCUGGCUCUGCGUCUGAGCCAGCAGGAGCAUGAGAAGGAGGUGAGGUCCUGGCGGGGAGAUGACUCUCCCAUGUCCAAUGGCGCUGGGGCUACAGUCUGCCCUCGGCGGGACAGAGAACUUGAGAGAGAAGAGAAAGAGAAGGAGAAGCUGAAAACCAGCCAGUCCUCCAUCCUGGACUUGGCGGACAUCUUCGCACCCACCCCGGCCCUGCCCUCCACGCACUGCUCCGCUGACCCAUGGGACAUCCCAGGUCUCAGGCCCAACACAGAGGCCAGUGGCUCCUCCUGGGGGCCAUCAGCAGACCCCUGGUCUCCAGUCCCCUCAGGAAGUACCCUAUCCCGAAGCCAACCGUGGGACCUGCCCCCUAUGCUCUCCUCCUCUGAGCCCUGGGGCCGGACCCCAGUGCUGCCUGCUGGACUCCCCAGUACAGACCCCUGGGCACAGAACUCCCCCCACUACAAACUCUCCAACACUGAGGCCAACCCUUGGGGGGCCUUGGUGGAAACCUCCAACACACCUGGCGGUACCUCGACCUUUGACCCAUUUGCCAAACCUCCAGAAUCCGCAGAGGCUAAGGAGGGGCUGGAGGGUGCCCAGGCCCUGCCCUCUGGAAAGCCCAGCAGUCCUGUGGAGCUGGACCUGUUUGGAGACCCUACUUCCAGUUCCAAGCAAAAUGGCACCAAGGAGCCAGAUGCCUUUGACCUAGGUGUAGUAGGGGAAGCGCUAACCCAGCCUAGCAAGGAGGCACGACCUCGCACUCCUGAGUCCUUCCUGGACCCCUCGGCCUCCCCCUUAGUCAACCUUGACUCCUUAGUCAAGGUGCCCCAGGCUGCGAAGACCCGGAACCCCUUCCUGACAGAUAUCAGCGCUCCAUCUCCCGCCAACCCGUUUGGCUUGGGAGAGCAGGGGAGGUCGACCCUGAACCAGAUGCGCACCGGGUCGCCAGCGAUGGGCCUGACGGUCGGCGGGCCAGUUGGGGUGCCACUGAGCUCCAUGACCUACAGUGCCUCCCUGCCCCUCCCACUCAGCAGCGUGCCAGCCAGCGUGACCCUCCCCGCCUCGGUCAGCGUCUUCCCGCGGGCUGGCGCUUUCACGCCACCUCCCGCGAGCCUGCCGCCGCCGCUGCUGCCCACGUCAGGCUCGGCCGGGGUGCUCCACCCCUCCCCACAGCCCGGAACCAACCCUUUCCUCUGAGCCCUGUCAGGCCCGGCCACCCGGCGCGUGCGCGCUAGGCCCGACCUCCGGA